GUUCGCGCGUUGUCGGGCACGAGGUUCUUGCUCCCUGGCGGCGGGAGAAGUGGUUCUGCUUCUGAGGGAACGUGGAUCCGCUGUCUUGCGGACAUGGAGGCUGUGUCGAGGCUGCUAGACGCGACUACUCCAGCCACUCGUUGGAUCCGAAAGCUGUUGGUGCUGCUGCUGCUACCGCAGCUCUUCCUCCUGCCGUCCAGGGCUCAGCAGGGCUUGGAGGCAGACGAGCGGCUAAGGACCCGCGCGGGCGAGUGCCACUUCUACGCUGGCGGACAAGUGUACCCUGGAGAGGUGUCCCGGCUUUCAGUCUCGGACCACUCCCUGCACCUAAGCAAAGCUAAGAUUUCCAAGCCAGCGCCUUAUUGGGAAGGAACAGCUGUGAUAAAUGGAGAAUUUAAAGAGCUCAAACUGACUGAUUAUCGUGGGAAAUACCUCGUGUUUUUCUUUUACCCACUCGAUUUCACAUUUGUAUGUCCAACUGAAAUUAUCGCUUUUGGUGACAGAAUUGAAGAAUUCAGAUCUAUCAAUACUGAAGUAGUAGCAUGCUCUGUUGAUUCACAGUUUACCCAUCUGGCCUGGAUUAAUACCCCUCGAAGACAAGGAGGGCUUGGACCAAUAAAGAUUCCACUUCUUUCAGAUCUAAACCAUCAGAUCUCAAAGGACUAUGGUGUAUACCUCGAGGACGCAGGUCACACUCUUAGGGGCCUCUUUAUUAUUGAUGACAAAGGAAUCUUAAGGCAGAUUACUCUGAAUGACCUUCCUGUGGGCAGAUCAGUGGAUGAGACACUACGUUUGGUUCAAGCAUUCCAAUACACUGACAAACAUGGAGAAGUCUGCCCUGCUGGCUGGAAACCGGGUAGUGAAACCAUAAUCCCUGAUCCAGCUGGAAAACUGAAGUAUUUUGAUAAACUGAACUGAGAAUACUUCAGUUGUGAUGUUUGGACCUUCUCAAUAAAGGUCACUGUUUUAAGACCA